GUAUAAUUCACGAUAUCUGCUGUGACAAAAAAACUAUUUCAAAACGUGAUUUAUAAUUUUGAAGCAUAAUUUCUUUGAUAAUAUCAUAUUAAAUAAUUUUAAGUAAAUAUUUACGUUUUAAAAACUAUUUCGAAAACUUAUCAUCUAAAUUAAAUAUUGUCAUCACCUUGUUACCUGGUGUACGUCAAGUCGGUGAGGUGGGGUCUCAGUAGCCAGGUACUCCAACUACGCACUGCCAUAUUUUGCACGGACCUUAUGAUAUGAAUUGCCUUUUGCUUUUAACUUUGUUGGCAAUUAUACCGCCAGGUAUUGCCAUACAGUGUUACCAAUGUGACAGCAAUGAAGAUAUUUCUUGUCCAUCAUCGGAGGCAUUUGAUACUAAAGUUAAUGGUUUAAUUGAUUGUAAUAGCUUCGAAGCAAAUGUACCUGGGCAGUUUUGCAUGAAAAGGUACCAGCAAAGCCCUGGAUGGAAUGGCUGGAUCAAGAUAACUCGCAGGUGUGCCAGCAGAACAUCUUCUGGUGUCGCUUGGGGUUGCCAGUGGGUUUGGGAUGAAGCUGGUGUGUUCACAGAGACGUGUUAUUGCGACCAGGAUGGCUGUAAUACAGCUCCAUCCAGUGCAGUAAUCAACUACAUGUUAUUAGUAUUAGCAGUGAUGUUUGUGAUUUUUAACAUUUAGUUAUCUAUUGAAUGAAGCUGUAUCCUUCUUCAGUAGGGUGCUAACAUAUCCUUCCAAAACAUAUCCAUAAAGUCACCAGAAAUUGAUUGUAUUUUCAUAUAUUCCAUGAAGAUUUUUUUAUACAGUUCCCAUGAUGGGAUUAUAUUUUCAUAAUUCCUUAUCCAUACUUGCAUUUUAUUUUCAAUUUUAUAAAAUUUAUAAUUUUAUUUUUUUCACAUGUAUUAAAUAUCAUACGUUAGAUUGUUGUGUAAAUAUAUUGUAGCAUAAAACAUAUACUAUUUUGUAACUAUUCAGAUACAGUAUGCUUUAUUUGUAGCAGUUGCAUUUUUUUUAGAUUUUAAUAUGGUUUAAUAUAAGGCGGCAAGCUGGGAGAAUCGUUAUCUUUGAGCAAACUGCUUAGUAUUUUGUCUGUCUUUACAUUCUGAGUUUAAAUUCCACCAAGGUUGACUUA